GCGCUUUGGCCGCGAAUCAAUGACAAUUUCCAUCUCUAAUCGGCAGUAAUUUUUAAGAAAGGUCGGAUGAAACUAGUGUUGGGUUGUAUUGUUUUCAUUGAUAUUAGCAUGUUUAACAAAUUUGAUAGUUGAUCGGUUGUCAGGUAUCUGUUACCUAUUACAAUAAUGUUCAAUGUUCUUUAGUUAAGUAACCAAAGCAAAUUACGAAUUAAGUCAGAGUUGACAUAUUUGAAGUUGCUGUAUGUUGUACUAACCAAAACUUAGCCUUUGAAAAAACUUUUUCAAAUCGAAUUAUACCUACUAAAAAGGGUAACUAAAAAAGGGGUUAACUAGUAUAAAGCGUUUUUAUUUGAUAUCUAUCACUAUUGUGUUUGAGUUAUUGUGAACUUUCUGGAUAGGACUACAUUGAUAAAAUGCCUGGCUAUGGUUAUGUUGGAUUACUUGGUGGAUUUAUUGCACUUGGUGUCUUGGUAUGGACAUUAUUUACUCAAGAAGAGCCUCAUCGAACUAGGCCUAAGUAUGAAGAAUCCAGUUUUAAUCCGGGGCCUGGUUAUGAUAGGCCUAGGCCUACAAAUUGGACCGAAGCUGAAAGUUCAAGAAAACGUCGCAAGAAUGAUAAUCAAUGUGUAAUAUGCUUUGAGGAAUUUAUUACGGAGUAUGGAUGCAAACGUCUACCAUGUAAUCAUAAAUUUCACUCUCAGUGCAUUGGAAAAUGGUUGCUGGUCCAGAAAACUUGUCCUACUUGCAGGAAAAACGUCAUUUAAUUACAUGUGAUGAAUAUGUCUUGGACUGCACAAUUCAUACAAUGUAUAUAUAGUUCGCCUCAUUUUUUUAGCUGGAUAUUAAAUCUAAAUAAAUUGUUACUAGCUAAAA